GAAAUGUCCAACAGCACCUCCUUCAACAGGUUCCUCCUCCUGCCAUUCACGAACACGCGGGAGCUGCAGCUCUUGCACUUCUCCCUCUUCCUGGCCAUCUACCUGGCUGCCCUCCUGGCCAACGCCCUCAUCAUCACAGCCAUAGUCUGCGACCACCACCUCCACACCCCCAUGUACUUCUUCCUCUUCAACCUCUGCCUCCUGGACCUUGGCUCCAUCUCCACCACUGUCCCCAAAUCCAUAGCCAGUUCCCUGUGCAACACCAGGGCCAUUUCCUACUGGGGAUGUGUUACACAGGUCUUUCUGUUUGCCUUUUUCAUGUCAGCAGAAUAUUCUCUUCUCACUGUCAUGGCCUAUGACCGCUAUGUUGCCAUCUGCAGACCCCUGCACUAUGGGACCCUCCUGGACAGCAGAAGUUGUGUCAAAAUGGCAGCAGCUGCCUGGGCAUCUAGUUUUCCCUAUGCUCUUCUGCACACUGGGAACACAUUUUCCAUUCCACUCUGCCAAGGCAAUGUGGUGGAGCAGUUCUUCUGUGAGAUCCCCCAGAUCCUCAAGCUCUCCUGUUCAGACUCUUACCUCAGAGAAGUUGGAGUUAUUGUGGUUAGUCUUUGUUUAUGCUUUGGGUGUUUCGUUUUCAUUGUGGUGUCCUAUGUGCAGAUCUUCAGAGCUGUGCUGAGGAUCCCCUCUGAGCAGGGCCGCCACAAAGCCUUUUCCAUGUGYCUCCCUCACAUGGCUGUGGUCUCUCUGGUUGUCAGCAUUGGUCUGUUUGCCUACCUGAAGCCACCCUCCAUCUCCUCCCCAUCUCUGGAUGUGGUUGUAGCUGUUCUGUACUCAGUUCUCCCUCCAGUAGUGAACCCUCUCAUCUACAGCAUGAGGAACAAGGAACUCGGAAAUGCACUGUACAAGAUGAUUCAGUUGGUAAUUCAGUAA